AUGACACCCGAGCAGAAGGCCCUGCUCUACGACUCGUACUAUCAGAACCAUCGUAUCCAAUGGUAUCUUGGUUAUGUCUGGGCCGCGACUGUCGCAGCAAUCUUUGCUUACCGCAUCACGAUCACUUCCUUGCGCUAUGUCCGAACGCUGGCAUGUCUGGAGAACGAGAAGCAACACUACUUUGUCGCUCCUCACCCUGGAUUCGCCAGUCUGAGGCGUCACAUCAUCGACGCUCCUCUCUUCCGUAGAAGACACAAUCGCGAAUUCAAGCUCUCGGCUGCAGCCAGUAUGGGAACUUUGCCAGGCAGACUUCAGACUAUGUAUCUCAUUGGCUAUCUAGCAAUGAACAUCGCCUUCUGCGUUGUGAGCAUUCAUUGGAGCGGUGGUAAUGUUGCUACCGAAAUCAGAAACCGCACAGGCGUGUUGUCAGUAAUGAACAUGCUGCCCUUGUUCCUGUUGGCCGGCCGCAACAACCCACUGAUCAAGUUGCUCGACAUCUCAUUUGAUACUUACAAUCUUAUGCACCGUUGGAUUGGCCGUAUCGUGGUUCUCGAAGCAGUGGCUCAUACUGCAGCAUGGAUGGCAAGCAAGAUCAUGGCUGUCGGUUGGAAUAUUAUUGGAAAGGCCAUGGCCAGCAGUCAGCUCAUCCUGACUGGCACAAUUGCUACUUGCGCCUUCCUCGCCCUGUUGCUACAUUCACCAUCCGUCGUUCGUCAUGCAUUCUACGAGACCUUCUUGCACGUUCACAUCAUCCUGGCGAUCAUUUCUAUCGUCACCAUCUGGAUCCAUCUCAAGACGCUUCCUCAGCAAAUCUUGAUUCUUGGUGUGAUUGUUAUCUGGGUCUUUGAACGUACUGCACGCCUUUUCAUCUUGAUUCGUCACAACGUCGGCCAAGGCGGUACCAAGGCUGAAAUCGAGGCUUUGGCUGGAGAAGCCAUCAGAGUCACCAUUCGCAUGGCACGUCCCUGGAAGUUCCGUGCCGGUCAACACCUCUACUUGUAUCUGCCUUCAGUUGGCAUGUGGACAAGUCAUCCUUUCACCAUCGCUUGGAGUCAAGAAGAACAGGAUCUCUCUUCCGAGAAACUGCCAACCGACGCACUUGACGUAUUGGCCAGGCGCAAGACAACCAUGUCUCUGAUUAUCCGCCGUCGCACUGGUUUCACCGACUCGCUCUGGAAGAAAGCUGAGAUUGCUCCCGAUGGCAGAUUCUUCACCAAUGCCUUUGUCGAGGGUCCCUAUGGAGCUGCUGAUUCCUACGAGUCCUAUGGUCAUGUCAUGCUGUUCGCUGCUGGUGUUGGUAUCACUCAUGCCGUACCACAUGCCCGUCAGCUUGUCGGCGGCUAUGGCAACAACACUUGCGCCACCCGCAAGGUCGUCUUGGUAUGGAUCCUUCAAAGCCCAGAGCACCUCGAGUGGAUUCGUCCUUGGAUGACUGAGAUCUUGGCUAUGGAGAAGAGACGUGAUUGUCUUCGUAUCCUUCUCUUCGUCACUCGUCCUAAGAGUACAAAGGAGAUCCACUCACCUAGCGCUUCAGUUCAAAUGUUCCCUAGUAAGCCUGAUGUUGGUGCUCUGAUUUCUGCCGAACAAGCCAAACAGGUUGGCGCCAUGGCCGUCAGUGUCUGUGGUACUGGAGGUUUGGGUGAUGAUGUCAGACGUGCCGUCAGAAAACGUUGCGAGAAGACGACUAUCGAUUUCUACGAGGAGAGUUUUACUUGGUAG